GAUGCUGUUAAGCUGCACUCUGCUCGGUGCUUGGCACACCCGUUGCAGUAUCGGCUGUUUUCUGAGCGGGGAUGCUGCUUUCCUCCUGACCGAUGCAGCGAUUCCCUGUUGCUCCCUGUGAAAGGAGCUGGAAUUGUAACCAAGAGAGCGAGCGAGUGAUGCGGCUGCUGCACAGAGAGUGACUGAGGGGAAGAAAAUUGGAGAGGCUGGAAUAUGUGCCUGCCUCAGCAGCACUGCAGUGGUGAGGCCACCGACUGGCUACAUGCAGGAUACUGUUCUUUAUGCAUUGCUACAGAGAACCCAGAAGUCGGGAUGAAAUGCAUCAGCCUCCUUUUUCACUGCUUCUCUCUUGUCAUCAUGCAUUAAUUGCUGAGAGUUAUUUUCCUUCCUGUGGCUGACUGCCUGCAUCUCUUCUCAUACUGCAGGAGAGACGGGGAGGGAGGCAGCACAGCAUCACCCCGGUGUCCUGUCCCACAAGGAGGAUUCUGCAGGAUGUGCCAGUGCAGUCAGGGGCUGCUGAAAUGGUGCACAGAACCUCUGGAACAGCUGGAUUUAGGAUUAUUGAUGCUUUAUAAAGGUGUCCCAGACUCCAUCUAGCAAUUAGCUGAAAACAUCGCCUGCCCUUUGGGGCUUGCUGACUGCUUUCUGUUUUCCUCUCAUUAUUCGUUUCACGCUCAUCUGGGUCAGCAGCAUUUGAGCCAGGGGAAGGGACUUUCUUGGCCAGGAACCGGAGGGUGCUGCGUGGAAAGCGCCGGUGUGAGCUCUGAAGGGAGCUGCAGUCUGGCCGGCCAUGGCUCAAGCAGCUAAACAGCUGAAGAAAAUAAAAGACAUUGAGGCUCAGGCUCUGCAGGAGCAGAAGGAGAAGGAAGAAUCCAACCGCAAACGCAGGAACCGCUCUCGGGACCGGAAGAAAAAGAGAGGGCAUGCACCAGCCACUGUGGACCCCUUGCCUUCUUGCUGCAAGCAAGGAUCUCCUGAAGGGAUGCUGGAGCAGGAGUCUGCUGUGCAGGCCGAUGCUGCAACGAGCUUCUUGAGAGCUGCAAGGUCUGGGAAUCUAGACAAAGCCUUGGAUCACCUCAGGAAUGGGGUAGAUAUUAACACCUGUAAUCAGAAUGGGCUGAACGCCUUGCACCUGGCCUCCAAGGAGGGCCACGUGAAAAUGGUGGUGGAGCUGCUGCACAAGGAGAUCGUUUUGGAGACAACGACCAAGAAGGGAAACACAGCUCUGCACAUCGCUGCCCUGGCUGGACAGCAGGACGUGGUCCGGGAACUGGUGAACUAUGGGGCCAACGUCAACGCGCAGUCACAGAAAGGCUUCACACCCCUCUACAUGGCAGCGCAGGAAAACCAUCUGGAAGUUGUCAAGUUCUUGCUGGAAAACGGAGCUAACCAGAAUGUAGCCACGGAGGAUGGCUUCACGCCACUAGCUGUGGCUCUGCAGCAAGGGCAUGAGAACGUGGUCGCUCAUCUUAUCAACUACGGGACAAAGGGUAAGGUCCGCCUGCCUGCCCUGCACAUCGCAGCCCGCAACGAUGACACUCGCACCGCUGCUGUGCUGCUGCAGAAUGACCCGAAUGCCGACGUCCUCUCCAAGACUGGAUUUACCCCCUUGCACAUUGCAGCCCACUACGAGAAUCUCAGUGUGGCCCAGUUACUGCUGAACCGUGGAGCCAGCGUCAACUUCACACCCCAGAAUGGGAUCACUCCCCUGCACAUAGCGUCCCGCCGGGGCAACAUCAUCAUGGUACGGCUGCUGCUGGACCGCGGCGCCCAGAUAGAGACGAGGACCAAGACAAAACCAAAGUCCCUGCCCUUCCCCAUGCUGAGCCCUCGGACCCUUCUCUCUCCCCAGGACGAGCUGACCCCUCUGCACUGUGCAGCUCGCAAUGGACAUGUGCGAAUUGCUGAGAUCCUGCUGGACCAUGGGGCUGCCAUUCAAGCCAAAACCAAGAACGGCUUGUCGCCGAUCCACAUGGCAGCACAGGGCGACCACCUGGACUGUGUGCGUCUGCUCCUGCAGUACAGCGCUGAGAUCGACGACAUCACCCUGGACCACCUGACACCGCUGCACGUGGCCGCGCACUGCGGCCACCACCGCGUGGCCAAGCUGCUGGUGGAAAAGGGGGCCAAGCCCAACGCCCGAGCCCUGAAUGGCUUCACACCCCUCCAUAUUGCCUGCAAGAAGAACCACAUCCGGGUGAUGGAGCUGCUGCUGAAGACGGGGGCCUCCAUCGACGCCGUCACAGAGUCUGGCCUGACCCCCCUGCACGUGGCCGCCUUCAUGGGGCACCUGCCCAUCGUCAAGACCUUGCUGCAACGUGGAGCCUCUCCUAACGUGUCCAAUGUGAAAGUGGAGACACCCCUACACAUGGCAGCCAGAGCCGGGCACACGGAUGUGGCGAAGUACCUGCUGCAGAACAAAGCCAAAGCUAAUGCCAAGGCCAAGGAUGACCAGACUCCUCUGCACUGUGCUGCACGCAUCGGCCACACCGGCAUGGUCAAACUCCUGCUGGAGAACAACGCCAACCCCAACCUGGCCACAACGGCAGGGCACACGCCCCUGCACAUAGCUGCCAGAGAGGGGCACGUGGACACGGCACUGGCCCUGCUCGAGAAGGGGGCCUCACAGACCUGCAUCACCAAGAAAGGAUUUACCCCUCUCCACGUUGCAGCCAAGUACGGGAAGGUGGAUGUGGCAGAGCUGCUGCUGGCACACGAUGCUCACCCCAAUGCGUCAGGGAAGAACGGCCUGACGCCGCUGCACGUGGCUGUGCACCACAACAACCUGGAGAUCGUCAAGCUGCUGCUACCCAAGGGGAGCUCCCCACACAGCUCGGCCUGGAAUGGGUACACCCCCCUGCACAUCGCUGCCAAGCAGAACCAGAUGGAGGUGGCCAGCAGCUUGCUGCAGUAUGGGGCUUCUGCAAACGCGGAGUCUGUGCAGGGGGUCACCCCCCUACACCUGGCUUCCCAGGAGGGCCACGCAGACAUGGUGGCACUGCUUUUCUCCAAACAAGCCAACGGCAACCUUGGCAACAAGAGCGGCCUGACCCCUCUCCAUCUCGUGGCCCAAGAGGGGCAUGUGCCAGUAGCUGAUGUUCUCGUGAAACAUGGAGUCACGGUGGAUGCCACGACCAGGAUGGGCUACACCCCGCUGCAUGUGGCCAGCCACUAUGGGAACAUCAAGCUGGUGAAGUUUUUGCUGCAGCACCAGGCUGAUGUCAACGCCAAGACUAAGCUGGGCUACACCCCUCUGCACCAGGCAGCACAGCAGGGCCACACGGACGUGGUGACACUGCUGCUGAAGCACGGUGCCUCUCCCAACGAGAUCAGCACAUCCUUCCUCCCUGCACAGAACGGCACCACUCCCCUGGCCAUUGCGAGGCGGCUUGGCUACAUUUCUGUCACAGAUGUGCUCAAGAUCGUCACAGAGGAAACCGACAUCCCGUUAGUCGGUGACAAGCACCGCAUGAGCUUCCCAGAGACUGUAGACGAGAUUCUGGAUGUGUCGGAGGAUGAAGGCACUGCUCAUGUCACAGUAAUGGAGGAGGAGUUGGUCGCACCAAAGCCAAAGACACCCGAGCCCAGGGACCAGGAGGGCAAGAGGGAGAUGCUGGAGUUUGUGACCACAACGACACUAGAGCAAACGGUGGAGUCUCCAGCUGUCCUACAGGUGCCCUACAUUCCACCUGAGACUGUGGUGACGGGAGCAGAGGAGACUGAGCAGGUAGGACCUCUGGAGACAGAAGCUGAGCAAGUCAGCCUGCUGCAUGCACCCUCGGUGUCCCCACAGGAGCCCUCCAAGGAGUUCGACGAGGACUCCCUGAUCCCCAGCAGCCCUGCCACUGAGACCUCGGAUAACAUCAGCCCGGUGGCCAGCCCCGUGCACACAGGGUUCCUGGUGAGCUUCAUGGUGGACGCCCGUGGCGGCUCCAUGCGGGGCAGCCGGCACCACGGGCUGCGUGUGGUCAUCCCACCCCGUGCCUGCGCAGCACCCACCCGCAUCACCUGCCGCCUGGUGAAGCCCCAGAAGCUGCCUGCACCCCCACCGCUGGCUGAGGAGGAGGGUCUGGCCAGCCGGAUCAUCGCCUUGGGUCCUGCCGGAGCCCAGUUCCUCAGCCCUGUCAUUGUGGAGAUCCCACACUUUGCCUCCUACGGGCGAGGGGACCGCGAGCUGGUGGUGCUGCGCAGCGAGAAUGGCUCUGUCUGGAAGGAGCACCGCAACCGCUAUGAGGAGAGCUACAUGGACCAGCUGCUCAGUGGCAUGGACGAGGAGCUGGAGAGCCUGGAGGAUCUGGAGAAGAAGAGGGUCUGCCGCAUCAUCACCACCGACUUCCCUCUCUACUUUGUGGUCAUGUCCCGGAUCUGCCAGGACUGUGACAUGAUCGGCCCCGAGGGAGGGUGUUUGAAGAGCACACUGGUCCCCAUGGUGCAGGCCACCUUCCCAGACGCGGCUGUUACGAAGAGAGUGAGGCUGGCCCUGCAGGCGCAGCCCGUGCCUGAUGAGCUGGUGACCAAGCUGCUGGGGAACCAGGCGACAUUCAGCCCCAUUGUCACGGUGGAGCCGCGCCGGAGGAAGUUCCACCGCCCCAUUGGCCUCCGCAUCCCUCUGCCACCAUCCUGGAAGGACAAUCCCCGGGACAGUGGCGAGGGUGACACCACCAGCCUGCGCCUGCUGUGCAGUGUGAUCGGAGGGACAGCCCAAGCCCAGUGGGAAGACAUAACAGGCACCACAAAGCUGGUCUAUGAAAACGAGUGUGCUCACUUCACCACCAAUGUGUCUGCCAGGUUCUGGCUGGCCGACUGCCCACGCACCGCCGAGGCCGUGCACUUCGCCACAGCGCUGUACAAGGAGCUGACAGCCGUGCCCUACAUGGCGAAAUUUGUGGUGUUUGCCAAGAUGAACGAUGCGCGGGAAGGCCGGCUGCGCUGCUACUGCAUGACUGAUGACAAAGUCGACAAGACUUUAGAGCAGCAUGAAAAUUUCACGGAGGUGGCCCGCAGCAGGGACAUCGAGGUGGUGGAGGGGAUGCCUUUGCACGUUGAGCUCUCAGGGAACCUGGUGCCUGUCAAGAAGGCCACUCAGCCCCGGACCUUCCUUUUCCAGUCCUUCCGGGAGAAUCGUCUCGCCAUCCCCAUCAAGGUUCGGGACAGCAGCCGGGAAGCCAGUGGCUCCCUGUCUUUCUUGCGCAAGGCCAUGAAGUACGAGGACCUCCAGCACGUGCUAUGCCACCUGAACAUCAGCAUACCACCCUGCACCAAGGGCAGCGGCAGUGAGGAACGGAGGAGGACGCUGACACCAUUGUCCCUGCGGGAGCGAUACAGUAUCCUAAGCGAGACCAGUUUCGGCUCUCUGAGCAGCACGGACAAGGCAGACCAGAAGAUGGUUGACAUAGCAGAACAGCUGGGCCUCAGUUGGGCUGAGCUGGCACGUGAGCUGCAGUUUGGGGUAGAUGACAUCAACAGGAUACGUGUGGAGAACCCCAACUCCCUGCUGGAGCAGAGCAUGGCCUUGCUCAACCUCUGGGUCAGCCGCGAGGGCAAGAGCAUCAAGAUCGAGAGCCUGUACACAGCGCUGAGGAACAUCGACCGCAGUGAGAUUGUGAACACCCUGGAGGGCUCUGGCCGGCAGAGCCGCAGCCUGAAGGGCAGCUGGCGCCACACGGACAGAGACUAUUCCCUGUCACCAUCCCAGAUGAAUGGUUACGCUUCGCUGCAGGACGAGCUGCUGUCCCCUGCCUCCCUGCAUUACACGCUGCCAUCCCCGCUGCGUGCCGACCAGUACUGGAAUGAGGUGGCCAUCAUGGAUGCUAUCCCCAUGGCUGCCACUGAGCAGGACGCCCUGAUGGAGAUGUCCGACAUGCAGGUGUGGUCCUCGGGACUCACCCCCUCGCUGGUGACAGCUGAGGACUCCUCUCUGGAGUGCAGCAAGGCCGAGGACUCGGAUGCCACAAGCGAAGGCCGGUUUCCGGGGCAACUUCUAGCAGAUGCGCAUGGCCCGGACCACAUGGGCUCUAUGGACCUGGUUGAGGAUGACACAGUGGACUCAGAUGCCAUGAAUGGCCUGAUUGACCUUCUAGAGCAGGAGGAGGGGCAGAGGCCAGAGGGGAAGAUGCCAGCCGGUGAUCACCACCCAGGGACCGGGGAGCAGGACCCAGAGAGUGAAGUCUCUUUUGUUUCAGUUCAGCAGAAGGUGCAAGCCAGGAUCACAGCAUCACCCACCGUUAGCCACGUCGUGGAGGGGAGUGCAGACAGGCUGAGGGACUGGAAUGCAGAAGGCUCCUUUAUCUCCUGCCUACAGGACCUGACAGCGGGCUCCUGGCAGGAGGGGGUCACCCGAAGGCUGCUCCCAACGCACACCAUGGCCACCGGGGCACAGGGCCAGGAGCAAGAGCAGGUCCUGGUGCCGGCCGUGGAGCUGAUGCGAGUCAGCUCCGCUGAGGACAGCAACUGGCAGCCCCAGCAUCCCGCGGGCGGCUGGCGGGAGGAGGCAGACAGCCGCUGCUUUGGCCAGGGGAAUGAAGUUCUUCACCUCCCUGGAGAGCAGGUGACUGAGGAGCAGUUCACAGAUGAUCAUGGCAAUAUCAUCACCAGGAAGGUCAUCCGGAAGGUGGUGCGUCAGCUGGGCCCCGGUGACACGGGUGACAGGCAGGAGCAGGAGGAGCUGAUUCUGGAGGGCUCCCUGCAGGAGCCCCAAGACCUGGAGGCUGAGGACGAUCACUUCAUUAAAUACUCCAUCCUACACCGGGACGGUCUGGGGGCCAAGGAGGAGGUGCGAGCGCGUGUUCCGAAACUGGAUGUCUCCGGGGGCAGGAUGGGGGCUCAGAUAGUGAAACGAGCCAGCCUGAAAAGGGGGAAGCAGUGACCCCUCAAAUGGCCUCUUUUGAGGAUCUCACCUCAACACCAAACCACUGAACUCCAACACACGUUCUGACACAUACCUGAGAAGAGGAGAGGAAGCAGAGAGUGGAGGGGAGCAGGGCUGGCUGUACAUGUUUCUAUAGGCUAAUGGCAUGACUUCUGUAUGAGACAUACUUACCGUCCUAUCCGCAUGACUGACUGACUGCAAGACGCAUGAGCUACAGUACUUUAAACUGACGGCGAGGCCUCCAUCCCUGCCCCGCUGCGGCCAGGAGUCCGGAGACAGCAGCACGCACCGGGGCGUUCUCUCGACCCCUCUGGGAGGCAAGAGCUGGAUGGGCAGAAAAUGAGGGAAGGAGACUCCACCCUUGCGCGUGUGUGUAAGUGCAUCCCCCGCCCGCGCUCCAGCUGCAGGAGGAAAGCUGGGGCAGCGCGGCGCUGCUCACCAUGGGAGGACAGGGGCUUGCCCCCGUCGCCUGUGCUGCCUCUGCUAGACUUGCUUCUCAUCCCUCUGUGAGUGCUGGAUUCCGGGGAGGGCAGCAGCGCUGGGGUGUGUGAGGUGAGGCUGCGGGGAGCGCCGCCGCCGGGCAGAGGGGCUGGAGCAGGGCUGCCCUUCCCCUCCCCAGCACGUGCAGUGUCUCCCGCCAGGGCAGGGCUCUGGGCUGAGCACUGAGCUCGUUGCUUGUGUUGAAAGUGUAAACUGUACAGCAAUCAGCCUUGUGUAUAUGAACCAAUAAAUACUAUGCAAACCCCUAGGGACACUCUAGCAGUAUGUACAAAGCACUAACAGCUCCGCUCCCAAAUACCUCUUCAGGAUGCAGGAUGGGCAAAACCUUUGGAGUAUGUGAGCAGCUCUGGUGACUGGAGCUGAGAGGCUGUAGGAGUGAAAGGGCAGCAGGCAGUCCUUGCCCUGUGCCCCUCUGGCUGAGCCAGGGCCCUUCCUGGCCUGAAGAGAGGGGCCCAAAGGCGCAGUGGCAUGGGCCUGUCCAUAGUGCAAGCCCCAGUUUGGGUUGGCUCUGGCUGGGGUGAAGCUGUAGGCCUGCGCUGAUGUGCUCGAUGGGUAGUGAGACAGAGCAGGGGAUGCUUGUGCCACACAGGGUUGUGCCCAACUCUACUCAGCACAAUAUCUGCUCAGGAGAUGAGCCAGGAGCUGGCAAGAACCAGCAACUCAUGCAAGGGCUUUGCAGGGGCACAGUGACCCUGUGGAUGCUGACCCUCCCAGGACCAACCCCAGAGACAUGGGGGGCUGCUCCCCCCGUGGCUGUGGCUCGAGCGGGGGAAGCGCCCGCUGCAGCAGCCUGGGCCACGCCGUCGCCCUGCAGCCAGGGCAGCCCCGGGCCAGCUGCUCCAGCAGCAGCGCAGCAAUGGGCAGAGCUGCCCUGGCAACUCUGAGCUGUGUUGUAGCUUGAAUCUUCUACAACACUUGACCCCAGGAGGGCCAGAUGCAGGUAGCAGCAGGAGAGCGGUAGGUCCCAUGUCCCCAGCUCUGUACUUCACCUAACAUGGGGGCCUGGUCCUUGUAACACAGCAGUGUGGGGACCCCUGCUCUUCCCUGUGGAGGUGAUCCCGGGUGUGUUUUGCGGGGCCUGAGUUCGCACUCGGUAGCUGUGUGCAGAACAAGUCCACCUCCAGCUCCAGGCUGGUGGCCCCGGCAGGGCAGCCCUGUCUCGCAGUGGGCGCACGUCUGCCAGGAGCACCCCUGGCUCCCCUGCAGUCCGCAAGGAGCCCAACUGCAGCCAAGCAAACGACCCAGCUUAGCCUUGGAGAGCAAGCAGCCCCUUCCCGCCCCACCCUGAAGUUGAGCCAUACGGGCACAGACCCUCCAUCCAUCACCCUUGCUGUGUACGACCACCUCCCUAGACCCACUGCAGCAGCUGACUCCGUAGCAUCACCGUAGAGUUGUGUGUGGGUCCUGUGCUUUGGCCUUGUAUACGCCGUAGGGAAUGUGCUGUGCUGCAAACCGUGCCAGGCACUGCAGUGACAUUGCUUCGCGCUCAGAUUGCUCGUAAGGCUGGUAGAGGGAAGCUGCACCCGACAUUGAGCCUAGAGAAUGCUGCAGUCUGCACACUAGAAGCUUUUUAGAAGUUUUAAAAAUUACUUUUAUUUCCUUUUUUUAAUUGUUACGGAAACAAGCCUUUUGGAUCUCCCUGUCUUAGCCCCUGAUGUAUAGAUCAUUUCCCUGUACACCAGCUAUCAGACUAUGAAUUAAUAAAGAAACCAACACAGA